UGAAAACAUUCCGUCAAUGUCAAAAUAAACAACAUAACCUGUAAAUACAUCGUGUGAAUAUUGAAAUAUUGUUCAAAUUAUGGUUUGAUUACAUUUACAAUUAUGGGAGUCCGAGGAUUGACUACUUACAUCAGUCAUAAAGAGAAUUCUUUCCUACAAGACUUCUUAUUACACGAUUGCUCUCUGGUUAUAGAUGGUCAUAGUUUGUGUGCGCAGUUGUACAGGUUACUCAACUGUUUCUCCGCUUUCGGUGGGGAUUACGAUAAAUUCGCCUCGUACGUACGAAACUUUUUCAAGAACCUGAAGAAAUGUAACAUUACACCUUAUGUUUUGUUCGACGGGAGUUACGAACAUAGGAAAUUGAAAACUGCGCACAGUAGAUUAAGGUCUAAAAUUUAUGGUGCUUCAAAGCUAGACCCGGUUACUCAAGGCAGUCUACAGAUCUUUCCGUUACUAGUUCGUGAUGUUUUCAUAGAAGCUUUGAUUGAUAUGAAUGUGGCAUACACAGUCUGUGAGUUUGAAGCUGACGAUGAAGUAGCUGCGAUGGCCAGGCACCUCGAAUGUCCUGUACUAAGCUACGAUUCAGACUUCUACAUAUACAAUGUCCUAUACAUCCCCUUCAACACACUAGACUUCAAAGCUAAACCAAUAGAAAUUGAUGGUACCAAACACUUUGCUUUAGAAUGCAAAAUCUUCAGAGUCGAAUACAUGCUCAAAAACUAUGGAGGAUUACAAGAAGAAUUAUUGCCUCUACUAGCAACAUUAUUAGGCAAUGACUAUGUUGAGAAGAAAGUGUUUAGGAAAUUCUUCUCACAAAUGAAACUGCCUAAGACAAAGAGGAAGACCAAUGAUCAACAGAAAUGUAUUCAUAGUUUAUUUCAAUGGCUGCAGAAUGAGACAUUGGAGACAGCUAUACAGAAGAUACUGGGUCGAUUGAAGAAGAGACAGAAGGGAAAAGCUCUUGCUUUAAUUAAGAAGAGUAUUAAUGGCUACCAUAGUAAAAACUGUAGAUCACUGAAGUACUUUAAUAUCAGUAAAGAAGAUACUCCUGAAUCAGAGUGGCAAUUGCCUGAAAACUUCGAAGAAGAAAUUAUGGCAGAAGAUGGAGGUGAAAAUGAAAAUGACAAUGAUAAUGAAAAUGAGUCUUCUUCAGAGGAUGAAGAGGUCUCUUCUGCAAAUGAGGGAGAAGAAGAAUUAGAGGGAGAAAGAGAAGAAGAGGAAAUUGAAGACAAUGGGACAGAAACUGAAGAUGAACAGUCAGAUCUUGGUGUACCUGAUUGGUUUGCUGAAGGAAUUCGACAGAAUCAUAUCCCAAAAGCAUACAUAAACCUUUACACACAUCACCUGCACUUCUGCUCACCCCAAGCAGAAGAUUAUGACGAGGCAGACUCAUUCUUAUGUUGUCUACCUAUCCUGAGAUAUGCUUUUGAUCUUUUAACUGAUUUCUCAGAGGAGUAUUGCAUAUAUGUUAGCCGGGAAAAUAACUCAAGUUACAAAAGGUUAUUUGUCAAAAAUGAUAUUGGGACUUCAAGACAAUUUGAUGCACCAUUCUCUGAACUAACAGAAGAACAAUUGAAGUCAUGUUUUGAACACUUUUUGAAAGAAAAACUGAAGGGAUUUCACUAUAAAUUAGUUGAACAAUUACCAUCCAAUUUCCAGUUGUUUUUUAUUGCUAUCUUAUGGUGGGUGGCAAACUGUGAUGUUCCGUUAGGUAAUAUACAUAGUUUAAUCAUGUGUUAUGUAAUGCUAGAAGCAGUAGAUGAAAAAACAGGGACAUUUAGAGGACAGUUCCAAUUCAAUAACAAAUAUUCUAAAAGAGUUGAAGAGCUAAAGAAGAAUGCAGCACCUCUCACAUUUGUCGAAAACGAAUUGUUCUUGAACAAAAACAAAGUGCAAUAUGAAGACUCUUUGAUAGCUGCACAUGUUUUGCUAAAACAUUUUGAGUUGGAUGACAAAAUAAAGAAGAAACCGAAAAGUUAUGACUCAAAGAAGAUGCAGUCUUUUGCCCAGUUUCAGUGUUGUUUGAGCCAGAUUAAUAGUCUAAACACUCUUUGUAGGAGUCCUUUUGAGAGUACAAAGUAUUCGAAAAGUUUCAAUGGCACCUUUGUAUAUAAUGUGGCAGUCAAAUUGGAAAAUCAAGUGGACCCAAAGGCGUUUUUGGAACAGUACUUGAGAGGUGCUAACUCCGUGUUAUUGUUUUAUAAGAGCUUAAGCUUUAUUUUCGAAAGAUGUGCGGAAGUAAUGGGUUUGACGACGCAAAAAUGGGAGGGUACUAAGAAAAGGAGACGAAGGAAGAGAAAUAAUACGAUAGAGGAUGAAAUCAAUUUUAUUGUAAAGGGUUUUGAAUCAGAGGUUAUUAUUUAGAAUAAAUUUUUAUAUUUUUU